ACGUCUCCUUGGGUCGUUAGAGGUGGCUUUUUGUUAACCCGUCGACUCCCAUAUCUUGGCGUGCCUUUCUCUGAUCGCCAGUGCCAUCCCUGACUUCUUCCCAGAUUCAACAUUUUAUUUCUACGUUCUUAUUCUGCCGGCUCUCUUCUCGCCGUCGCCGCCCGGAUCGACUCUGAUUAGCAUGUUCUCCUUCCUCCCAGGCAACAUUAUUUUGGCUUUGCAGAUAUUUGAUGCUUGGAUAUAUAAGGGCUGUUCGUCAAUCUAUUCUUAGGAACUGUAGGAGCAGGCAUACUGAAGGAAGUAGAUAUGGGGCAAUAGCUUCAGUUGGACCAAAUAUCCACCAAUGUAGGGUGUACGUGCAAUAUAAGCUUCCUAGUGGAGCUCGCAGUUCAUUCUUGCAUGGGACAAAAGAGAACUUUUACCCGCACUUUUUCUCAAGGAACUUCACUGCAGUCUCAGCAAGUAAUAUAGUGACGAAACAUUCCCAAAAUGCUUGGAGAAGGCUACAUGGAAUGUAUUCUUCCAAUGGUUAUCGCACAUUUCCCUCUAUAGAUGUCAUUGCCCAAGCAGUCAGCUUGGCUUUGGUCCGUUCUUAUUUGGUAGUUCCUGGCAUUUUUGCUUUUGUAUGUGGAGAGCUAGCAUGGACUCAUCGACAAUGUGCAGAUGCAGAAUGUUACCCAUCACAGAAUGUUUUGUACACGAAUGCACAAGAUGGGUACACUUACUUCUCAUCAUUUGUAUUUAUGGCAAUAGAUGGCCUUGUCUUGUUAGCCAGAGCUGUCUACUUAGCUAUACUAUUCUCUCCAUGCAUAAUAAUGGCACCAAUUGCAGAUUAUUGUGGACCAAAGUUCAGGAAAGCAUGGCUGCAGGUUGUUCACGGUACACUGGAAAAAGCAGGUCCAGCCUUCAUAAAAUGGGGUCAGUGGGCAGCUACUCGACCUGAUCUUUUUCCUCAAGAUCUUUGCACAAAGCUUUCAGAACUUCAUUCCAAAGCUCCUGAACAUAGUUUUAGCUACACAAAGAAAACUAUAGAAAGAUCAUUUGGUCGAAAAAUUUCUGAAAUUUUUGAAAAUUUUGAAGAAACACCAGUUGCAUCUGGAAGUAUUGCCCAAGUUCAUCGGGCUUCUCUAAAAUACCCUGGUCAGCUAGCGAAGUCUCUUAUGGUUGCCGUGAAGGUCAGACAUCCUGGUGUGGGAGAAUCAAUCAGGAGGGAUUUUUUGAUUAUUAAUGCGGUGGCUAAAAUUUCAAACCUUUUUCCAACACUUAAAUGGUUAAGACUGGAUGAAAGUGUGCGGCAGUUUGCAGUUUUCAUGUUGUCUCAAGUUGACCUUGCAAGGGAAGCUGCCCAUUUAAGCCGCUUUAUUUACAAUUUCCGUCAAUGGAAGGAUGUUUCUUUCCCUAGGCCUGUCUACCCCCUUGUGCAUCCUGCUGUUUUGGUAGAAACCUAUGAACAUGGAGAAAGUGUCUCGCACUAUGUUGAUGACCUUCAAGGACAUGAGCGCAUUAAAACUGCUCUUGCUCACAUAGGGACUCAUGCACUUUUGAAGAUGCUUCUGGUGGACAAUUUUAUUCAUGCUGACAUGCAUCCUGGAAAUAUCCUUGUACGCAUGUCUCGCAAAACACCUCACAGACGGCUCUUCAAAUCGAAGCCUCAUGUGGUUUUCCUUGAUGUAGGCAUGACUGCCGAACUCUCUGGAAGUGAUAGGCUAAAUUUACUGGAAUUUUUCAAAGCUGUUGCCUGCAGAGAUGGCAGGACUGCUGCAGAGUGCACACUAAGGUUAUCAAAGCAACAGAACUGCCCAAAUCCAAAGGCUUUUAUUGAGGAAGUAGAUGAAGCGUUUGCUUUUUGGGGUACCGCAGAAGGUGAUCUGGUACAUCCUGCCGAGUGCAUAGAGCAGUUACUUGAGAAAGUUAGGCGGCAUAGAGUUAAUAUUGAUGGCAAUGUCUGUACUGUGAUGGUCACAACCUUAGUUCUCGAGGGAUGGCAGAGAAAGCUUGAUCCCGGGUACAAUGUGAUGGAGACACUACAGACAUUGGUACUUAGAUCUGAUUGGGCAAAAUCUCUCUCUUACACAAUUGACGGGCUGAUGGCCCCUUGAGAAGGUUCUUUUUUUUUUUUUUUGUUUUAGGCUCAGCAUAAACAAAUUUUGAUAAUACAACUCAAAACAUCACAAGUCCUAAGAAUAUGCGGUCUUGGGCCAAAGAAAAAUGGCCAUCUGAAUUACUUUCUUGUUUGGAAGCUCUAUUCUACUCCCUGUAGUCAUCUAGUUACAAUUUUGACGUUCCAAGGUUUGUAACUGCGUACCUGAGUGUCACAGCUACAGCAUACGAGAAGUGAAAGUAUAAAGUGAAUAAAAGCGGUGAAUUUUUUUUUUUUUGGGUUUCCCAUUAGGCUUGGUUGUACAUGGUUCAAGAAAGCAAGACAUUAAUUUUUGAGUUGAGUGCUGAUUUAUAUAAUGCCACAAUUGGCUGCAGUUAUAUUUGUAGUUUGAAACGUGUAGUGUGGGCGUGAAAACAGAUGGUGUUUGUUUGCA